AUGUCGACAUCCUCCGCUAUUGAAACACCGGCGACCUUUCACUACAAGCCUCUGGAUACUGGAAAAUAUGAAAUUCGAGUACUCAAGCUUCCCGCAAACAGCUCGGAGAAACCGCUCUCAGAGUUGUUUGUCGAAUACGUUGCGGGAUGGUUGAAUGCCACUUGCGGGGAGACGGUGGACAUUUUUGGGCCACUGUCGUUUUUGUCAAUUGCUGGAAUCGGUCCCUUUGGGCCUUCUGAUGCUCUUCCAUCUUGGGUUCCCAACUAUCCAGAGAAUGCCCGCCGCAAUCACCCAGCAGGGUUUAUUCCAGGCUCCAUUGAAGACGUCCCGAAGAAUCACAACAAGAAGCCUUACGUUUUCAAAGAUACUCACAGUCUCUUUGUCUGGGGAAGCAAGAUGGGACCCAUCAACACAAUCUCAGAAGAACUAGACUGCAAUCGCCCCCGAGACUUUUGCUCAUUCCUCAAGUCGUUUCUUUCACGUCAUGCACAUUACGUGUCUGGUGUCGCCUCUUUGCAGGCCAUUUGUCAACUUCUCCUCACAGAGAAGAAAUCAAAGCCCGUUACUAAACAGACGGUUUUUCUUGCCCUUGGUAUUGCUUCUCUCGUCCUCGAUUUCGAGAGGGUUGAUCAGGAAACCACGAAAGAGCCUCCUUGGCAUCACCAAUGGGAGGCUAGGCUUUAUGAGGUAGCUUUUCCGGGUAGUGAUAUGCAAGGGCUCGGUUUCACCCACACCCCGCAAGAAGAAAUCUUGUCAUGGUGUAAGGAUAAGCGCAGCCAAAUCCUAUCAGCUCUCGAUCAGGGACUGCGGAAGUACAACUUUUUUGAGUCCGAGAGUAGCUAUCUCGGCAGGGCACCUUUGGGGGCGAAGAGAGGAGACAUUCUUUGUCUUCUUGAUGGUUAUGACCUUCCUGUGUUGUUGCGGGAGACUAAGGAGGGUCAUCAUGUUUUCGUGGGCACAGUCACUGUGCUGGAUCUAGACACUCAUAGCCUCCUCCGCAAUAUGGGGUCCAAGGCCCAAUGGCUUGAGCUUAGGUAG